AUGGGAUCAGAAGCUCCCACCCAUGCAACAACGACAGCUGCCGCCCUCGAGCGUUUCACCAUCAACUUCACCAUCACCAACCUCCCCUACACUUCCGACCUGGAGAAUCCUGACUCGGCCAGGUUCAGAGCUACUCGAAGGGUCAUGAACAUGAUGCUGGACCACCUGCUGAAGGAAAGCAGCAUUGGCCCUGUUUUCCAAGGAUGUGAGACAGCAGACUUCAGGCCAGGCAGUGACAGGGACGAGACCCGGGUGGACGCCGUGUGCACCUACAGCAAGGAGCCCUCGGCUGCGCCUUUGGACAGGGUGGGGCUGUACCACCAAGUGAGCAACAAGACCAGAGGCAUCACCCAGCUGGGCCCCUACAGCCUGGACAAGGACAGCCUCUACGUCAACGGUCAUAAGGAAGUGCAUCCUGAACUGUCUGCUGAUCAAAGCGCCCAACCUCUGGCACCAGCAGUAAAGAACUUCACCCUGAACUUCACAAUAACCAACCUCCAGUUCACUACAGAUCUGGAGAAACCCAAUUCCAGGAGAUUCAAGUCAACAGAAAAAGUCAUGUACCACUACGUUGAUCCUUUAUUCCAAAGGAGCAGCAUUGGCCCAGCUUACAUCGGCUGCAAAGUAAUGGCAUUCAGGUCCACGAAGAACAGGGAUGACACAGGAGUAGAUGCCAUGUGCAGCUGUAGGGAUGAGCCUUCAGAUCCCAAAUUCAACAGAACAACCAUUUACCGUGAGCUGAGCAAAAUGACCAAUGGCAUCACCAAGCUGGGACACUACAGCCUCAACAGCCAGAGCCUCUAUGUCAAUGAUUACAAUGAGCCUCACAGUGCAUCCUCAGUAAAAACAGCCACCACACAAAGCCCAGGAGCAAUCACGGACCACUUCAGCCUGAACUUCACCAUAAUCAACCUCAUGUUCACCAGCGACCUGCAGACACCAAAUUCCCGCAAAUACCGGUCCACUGAGAAAAUAAUGAAACACUACAUUGACCCCCUGCUUCAGAAGAGCAGCAUUGGCCCUCAUUUCUCUGGCUGCAAAGUGACAGGAUUCAGGCCUGGGAAGAACACGGAUAGCACAGGAGUGGACAUCAUCUGCAGCUAUGGAAAGGGCUCCCAGGUGCCCAAAUUUAACCCAGCUGAGGUUUACCAAGAGCUGAGGAGAAUGACAAGUGGUAUCACCAAGCUGGGAAUCUACAGCCUGGACAACAAGAGCCUCUAUGUCAAUGGUUACAAUGAACCCCUUGAGAGAUCCCAUAAGUAUUUUGCCAAAUUCAUUUUGCCAAGUUCAUUUUGCCAAGUUCAUUUUGCCAAAUUCAUUUCAGGGGAAGCUCUCAAAGAAGCGCUCCCCUCCGAAAUUCAGAGGGGAAUGGAUUAUUCAGAGUAG